AUUCUCAAACAUUUUUGGCCGUUGUGAUUGUUUUAUUUUAUUUUAUAAUCAUGAAUUAAAUUCUUAUCAAAUGAUCAAGACUGCAGUUUAUCAGUUUUUUAUACAAAUAAAGUAACUGAUUUAGAAUGGAAAAGUUUAAUAGUACAAUUCUGUUAAUAUCCCUUUGUGCAUUAUUGUGGGGUGUGGCCGGUCAAUAUGAGUGGCAAAUACGCGAUAGUUUUGAUGAAGUUCGGGGUAAAAUGGAUAAAGUUAAACCAGACAAUUGUUACAUUACACAUUUAGAUGACCUUUUCUUGCCCGAUGAUUCUGUGUCUCACCAUCCCGAUGUCAAAGAAAUAAACAUUAACCCCGUAUUUCCAAAUCGUACGGCUAUGUUGCAUUUACACAACAUGGUGAUGAAUCGUGCGUUCUUCUGGAGUUACAUCCUCCAGUCUAGGUUUAUUCGUCCAGCGAUUAACGAUACUUACGAUCCAGGCAUGAUGUACUAUUUCCUCUCGUCAGCUGCCGAUGUGUCUUCGAAUCCUUACAUUAACGCUAGUUCUAUAUAUUUUUCACCAAACAUGUCAUAUACAUCGUCAUACAGAGGAUUCUUCAACAAGACAAUGCCGCGAUUUGCGCCCAGAGCGUUCAGAGCUGACGAUUUCAAUGAUCCCGUACAUUUGCAGAAGAUAUCAACAAUGAACACUUUCUAUGUUGAGGAUUUAGGAGCAUUCGAUCCUAAUAGCUUAUCGAAGGAUUACACGUCGGAUUUCUAUCGUAUAAAUGAGUGGUAUCAGAAGUGGUUGCCUGACAGAGUUGACAAAAGGCACGAUACAAAGACAACUUACCAAGUUGAGAUUCGUUACGCAAAUAAUACGAAUGAGACAUUCACAUUUCACGGUCCCCCUGGUAAUGAUGAAGUUCCUGGACCAGUGAACUGGACGAGACCAUAUUUUGACUGUGGAAGGUUGAAUAAGUGGCUGGUGGCUGCAGUAUCUCCUGUGGCUGAUAUUUAUCCCCGACACACACAGUUUAGACAUAUUGAAUAUCCAACUUAUACUGCGGCAGUUGUGAUGGAAAUGGAUUAUGACAGAAUAGAUAUAAAUCAGUGUCCGCCGAGCCAGGGGAAUGAUAAACCGAACAGAUUCGCUUCUACAGCACGAUGUAAAGAAGAAACUACAGAGUGUGAACCCCUCCACGGUUGGGGUUUCCGACGUGGUGGCUACCAGUGCCGCUGUAGACCCGGCUACCGUCUACCCAGCAUCAUCAGACGACCAUAUCUCGGAGAAAUUGUUGAAAGGGCAACGUCUGAUCAGUACUAUAACAACUUCGAUUGUAUGCCUAUUGGAUGGAUCCAACGUCUUCCUGUUCAAUGGGAGAAGGCUCAUCCUUUCAUCAGAGCAAUAUACGCAGAUAGAUAUUACGAGUAUGUGAACGCUACGAGUGGACCAGCAGCGCUACAUACUGAAAGGGUCAAUGUGUACGAAGUACUGAACUUUAUUAGAGGAGUGCAGCCGCAUAAUUGUUCUCUAUAUAAUCCAUCAGACUUAUUCCUGAACGGUGACAUAGCGUUCGGCGCAGAGGAGCAAUUUGAGAACCAAGCUAAAAUGGCCGUGCGUCUGGCUAACUUUAUCAGUGCUUUCUUACAGGUGUCAGAUCCAAAAGAGGUGUUCAGUGGUACUCGAGUGGCUGACAAGCCUCUAACGGAAGACCAGAUGAUCGGUGAAACACUGGCUAUAGUGCUCGGAGACUCCAAGAUCUGGUCAGCUGGUACAUACUGGGACCGUAAUAAGUUCACGAAUCGUACGAUGUUCGCGCCAUUCGCGUACAAAACUGAACUGAACACGAGGAAAUAUAAAGUUGAAGAUCUUGCACGAUUGAAUAAAACUGAGGAGAUGUACACAAACAAACCCUGGUACCAAUUCCUGAAGCAGCGCUGGUCGACCAACUUCGAUAGUUUGGAGAAAUACUUCUUGAAAAUGAAGAUCCGAGACGAUGAGGUGGGACGCUACUUGAAGCAAUAUGAGAGGUACCCCACAUUCUACCGCGCGGCUAACAUUGCUCACGGGCAUUGGACACAGCCGUACUACGAUUGCACGGGGCCGGUCAAACAGUGGGUCGUUACAUACGCGUCGCCGUUCUUCGGCUGGGACAGCGUGAAGGUCAAGCUGGAGUUCAAAGGUGUAGUCGCAGUUACGAUGUCUCUAAUGGCGCUAGAUAUAAACCAAUGUCCGGACAAGUACUACGUGCCCAACGCGUUCAAGAGUACGGACAAGUGUGAUAGGACCUCUUCUUAUUGUGUACCAAUACAAGGUCGCGGGUUCGAGGCCGGCGGUUACAAAUGCGAAUGCCUCCAAGGCUACGAGUAUCCCUUCGAAGACGAGAUCACAUACUAUGAUGGCCAGAUUGUGGAAGCGGAGUUCCAGAACAUAAUUCUGGAUAAACAGACACGUAUAGAUAUGUUUAAGUGUAGAUUGGCUGGUGCAAGUGCUAUACAGAGCAGUUUUAUUAUAGUUUUGACAGUUUUGGUACUGUUGAUCAAGUUCAGGUAAGAGAAAAUGAUGAAUUAUACCCGACUGUGUAGAUUUAAAAUAAGAUAGAAAGAGAAUAUUUAGCACUUACCUUCACGUUAAAAGGAUGUAAUGCAGGAUGUUAUUGUAACAUUGCUUUUUUAUGGAGAAAAAAUGGAUAUAUUUUGUGCGGGAAAUAAACGCCGCACUGUUAUCCAGUGUAAUGUUUUUUGCAUUUAAUUAUAAAUCCUAUUGUAAUAUCUCAAAUAUGACAUUAAAAAAAUGCAUAGCUUCUAUCGCGGGCCUUGAGCGCGGGGACCGAAUCGAGAAAUUCCGUAACGAAAAAACCUCACGCUCCCCACUCCGACGGGCGGAGGUGUGGCUUGAAGGCAUAGCAUGCAAUAGCGCAACCGCGGCAGUCCCCGAGUGACACACGUCAUUUUUGUAGUUUGAUCAAGCCAUUUUGGCGUGCCAAAGACUAACAUACUUUUGAUAAGCACAGUCGGGUAAAGUGACACAGUGAUUUAGUUUUGAAACAUGAUUUUAUUGAUAUUAGGUACAAUUUCUAUGUAAAGUGGAAAAGACAAAUAUAUAAUAAUUAUAUAGUGAUUGAGAGAAUUCAUGAAUUGAAUAAACAAUCAUUUUUUGUAACAAUGGCAGCAUGUACAACAGAAACAUUAGUAAAUAAGAAUACAAUAUAAAAUUGUAUAUCAAGUUUGUACCUUAUUAUGUAUGUUAUUAGAAAAAAAAAAAUGUUUUUAUUCUGAUUUAUAGAGAUUUCACAAAUCUAUAACGAUAGCACAUUUCAUCCUAUAAGUUUUUGAAGUGAAACUUUAUCGGGGUUGGACAAAAAUUUAGUGUAACAUUUUUGCGUUACGCUGUAGGCGUGACAUUUUUGCGUUACGCCGUAGGCGUGACGUUUUCGCGUUACGCCGUAGGCGUGACAUUUUUGCGUUACGCGUCAACUUUUUCAUAUUCCUAAGUUUCACUUCUUACGUGUGUACUCUAGUACACGCACAUAUUUUUUUUAUUAGAACGAAACAAAAUGACUUAUUUUUCCGAAUCUCAGGGAUAUGUUCAUUUGAAUGAUCCAUUUUCGGUGCAGAAUGUAUUGAAUUUUGAUUAGAAUUACGAUUAUUUUAACAUUCCAGUUUUACACAAAAGGCAAUUUGUACUUUUAUGAGACAGAAAACUAGUGCAGUUUUUUUUUGUCUAUUUUGCAUGCAUUUUUAUCGUUAUCGAUGAAGUUUUUGAAAAAUAAUAGCAAAUAAUAACCAUGCGAAAUUUUAUAAAAUCGAUUCAGUAGUUUGACGAAAUUUCGCGUGAUUUGAAAGAUUUUUUAUUUUUUAUCUUUGGUCUUUCAUGUUUAUAAUUAUUGAAACAUUAAAAUGCCUCUUUUUAUAGUGUCGUAAUUUUUAGACUGAUUACAUAUACAUUAAGAAUCUCAUAUUAGAAUCAUGUUAUUAUAAGUGAGCUAUAUCUAAUUGUAUUAUAUUCCUUUAUAUUUCUUAAAAAUAACAAUGUUUACUUUUGUAACAAAUGUAAUUGUAUUAUUUGUAUUUCUAUAUGCAUUUACCGUUGUUUUUUAAUGUUUAUAAUACAGCUACUAGGAAGUAUAAAUUGUGAAUAAGGACUUUUAUGUUAGAAUGACAAAUUCAUAGACAUAGGUUACACGCUCAGUCUGGCGUCAGUUCAGUCCAUCAGUUUGAUCCGGCUUAGACUGAUGCCAGAAUGAUGGAUGAAAAACACGGUAUAUUCUGAACCAUCAGUCCGUCAGUCAACCGGUUAGACGAUAAUAAUUCUCCCGUCAUUCUGAGCAGACUGAUGGACUGAACCAAGACUGAACUGACGCCAGACUGAGCGUGUAACCUAUGUCUUAGUGUAAGAGAUGAAAAAUGAUCAAAUUGUUUCGAUCAUUUAGUAGUUUCAAUAAACCACAUAAGAUCUACUUUCAGACCAACUGGUUUGCGUCAUAAAGCAGUUGUAAAGCCUAAAAAAAUUCAAAAGUAUUGUUAAUCAGACCAUACUAUCUACAUACAAAAUAUCAUUCAACAAAAUUGAUACUUAUUUUAUAAGCACUUUAGUUAGAAAAAUCAAUUAUUGUUCCAUAAACGUAGGUACAAUGUUUACUUUUGUAAUUAAUAUAUAACCUUACUGGUCUAUGUAAUUAGAAUGAAGAUUUAUAAGUUUAGAAAAAGCCCAUGUUACUUAUAUUGUUACACAAGUAGGGUUUUAUAAAUUGAGAAGACAGAUUUUGUCAAUGUAUUUUAUUAUUCUUUGAUUUCAUUUGCCAGUGAAUAUUCCAAGGUGAUAUUGAAUCCGUCCAUACUGUGCCUUUAAUAAAUAUUUUACAAAU